AUGACCUUAUCAUCUGUCACCCGUGACCUCAAGUCGUCGCUGUCCUUUUCCUGGACCUCUUGUGCUAUCACAGCUCUUGGGGCAUGGAUUCUGGGACUUGCCACGCUUGCAGUCUACCGUCUCUACCUCAGUCCUCUAUCCAAAUUCCCAGGCCCGAAAUUGGCAGCUCUUUCAAAAUGGUACGAAGCUUACUACGAACUUGUCCGUAUUGGCAAAUUCUCCCGCGAGAUUGACAGAAUGCACGACGUCUAUGGUCCUAUUGUCCGAGUAACACCCUACGAAGUUCACAUCAAGGACAGCCAGUUCUACAAUGGAUUCUACGGGUAUCGCGAUAUCGAAAAACACGGCUGGGAUGUGAAGAUAGGCAACGGAAACUCCAUCUUGACCACAGUCCAUAGCGAUGUUCAUCGUCGUCGUCGUGCAGCUCUGAAUCCAAUGUUCUCAAGACGAUCAGUCAUGAAUUUGGUACCGGUUAUACACGAAAAACUCGAGCUCCUCUGCAAACAAUUUGAUGAAUAUGUAGAAAGUCACAAACCGGUUAAUUUAACUAAGGCAUUUCCUGCUCUGACGGGCGAUAUCAUGAUGGAGUACUUUUUCGGCUUUACAUACAGUCAUGUCGAGUCCCCUGGAUUCUUGUCGUUCCAUGAAGCAUACCUGGGGUUUAUAUCAUCUGGCCACAUUGCAACACAAUUUCCCUGGUUCCUUCCUCUCAUGGACUCUAUUCCCGACUCAAUUGUCAUGAGAUUCUUCCCACUGCUAUCAAGCCUGAUUCGGUUAAAACAGGACCAAUGGAAUCUGGUAGGACGCUCUAUCAAGGGCGAAACUACCAACGAAAGCUCUCGUCAUACGAUAAUCGACCAUAUGCUCCAAAGCGACCUCCCGCCCUCGGACUUAACCCAAAAACGCAUCACCGACGAAGCACAAGUCAUAAUGGCAGCCGGCGUUGAAACAAGCUCCAUCUGCCUGGCCGUCGGCACAUUCCACAUCGUCAACACGCCCCACAUCGCCACGCGUCUCCACAAGGAGCUCGUGCACGCCUUCCCACCCAACAAUGCCAAUCGCCGGUACAUCCCCGAACUUCUCGAACUCGAGAAACUGCCCUAUCUCAAAGCGUGUAUCCAGGAAGCACUCAGGCUGUCGUACGGCAUAUCCUCGCGCAAUCCGCGGGUUUACGCUGAUAGGGAGCUGAGGUACAAGGAGUGGACUAUCCCAGCUGGCACCCAGGUCGCGAUGACCGCUGUUGAUGUCUGUCAUGAUGAGGCUAUCUUUCCGGAUUCGCAUUCCUUUAUCCCUGAGCGAUGGCUGGAAAAUUCGAAGACGCACGAUGGUGAGUCUCUUGAGCACUAUCUGGUUACGUUUGGUCGUGGCCCCAGAUCGUGUAUUGGAAUCAACGUUGCUUUGAGUGAGAUCACCAUGACACUGGGCACCAUGUUCCGUUGGUACAAACUCGACUUGUACGAAUCGGACAUCACGGAUGUUCGAUACGAGCAUGACUGGCAUUUGCCCGUCCCUCGAUUGGACAGCCUAGGCCUCCGACUCACUAUGACCAAAGUUGACAAUUGA